AUGCGCCAGGUAGAAUUCAACAUUCUCGUUGUCCAGAUUGCUUUGGUCGCCUUCUUUGUGUACUGGUUCCGGAAGCCUUUGCUUCGAUGGAUUAUAGCAAAGUACGAACGUCUCAGAGUUGCUUAUGUGAAGGUGAGCGAACGGCGACACAAGAAAGCUGGAAGCCAGGAGAACUUACUUUCCUUGCGUUCUUCGCAUGCGACUUCCGCUUCACCUCCGGAGCAUCGCGAAGGCUUACGUCGGGGUGGACCGAAUGCGCAAGCGAAAGCUCUGGAAAAGCUGAAGGUAUUGUCAACGCAGCAGCUGCUAGAAGCUGUAAUUUCGUCUGAUUCAAGCAGCGGUGGUGAGGACGAGCAUGGCGUUGAGCCGGAGCCCCUUCAACAUGAUCGCUGUUCUCCUGGAGGCGAAGACGAGGCUGCAGCAAGCAGCUCGAAGCCGUUGUUGUCCAGGAGCAUGGAGGUGUCAAUUUGUUCGGACGUUCGACAGGGAAAGGUCAACCAAGGGGUCCUCGACGCUGUGGCUCUGGCGUCGUCAGAGCUCAACUUCGACGUGUGGGACAUCGUUUCGAAGAAGAACGGCCUGAAAGUGUCCGCAUGUUUGAGAUGGACCGGCUGCAACUGGGAGGCUCUGGGCCUGGCCCUUCACCGUCUGGAGCAGCAGGUGCUUCAGGUAGCAUACGUGGGCGUUGUGCCGACCAGCCGGCGACAGCACAUCGGACGAGCCCUGGUCAAGUCCAUCAGGCAAGUUGCCAAGCGAAAUCACACUUGCGUUUGCAUCGUGGCCGUGCUUCCAAAAGAUCACUCUGCAGAGGCAAUGGACUUUUUUGAGGCGGUUGGCUUCAAGAGGAGUGCAGGGCAGGGUGACCAGGUGUGCUUCAGACUCGAUGUCCGAAAGUUGAGCAAAUGCCAGCGUAAGCUCCUGGAGAGGCCCGAAGUCCUUACCGUGUCACAAGGUCGUCUCGUGGUUUGGGAGCAACUCCUGGCGGAGGGACAUGGUGCCAGAAGCUGUGGGGACCUUGAUGCCCGAUCAGAUUCGAUUGCGCACUCGAAACUUUCAUUUACCAUGCCUGCAAGACGAUUGGUGUCUCUCGCUCGAAGCAUUUUGCUCGUGUUCUGCUCCUGCCAAAUUCUUGCCAUGAGCAUCGCUGACCUGCGUCAUUGUGACGCAACAACACACCAUGUCCUCAUGACAGGUUCCGCUCGCGUCAUUGUCAUUGGCGACGUGCAUGGUUGUGCACAUGAGCUUAUGACGCUACUGGACAAGUGCGAGUAUUCGCCGGGCAAUGGCGAUGUGGUCAUCCUGCUUGGCGAUCUGGUGAACAAAGGACCUCAUUCUAGAGAAGUUGUCUGCCUUGCACGGGAGAAAGGUCUGCAUGCAAUUGCUGGCAAUCACGAGUUUAUUGCGCUGCAAAAGUGGAAUUCAUGGAAAAUGAGUGGUACUAUCCCCGAACCUGACGAGCAUGGAAGCUGGGAGUGGUUGACGCUGCUGACUGAGGCUGACUUGGACUUCAUCCGGAUGUUGCCUUUGACAAUUCGAUUGCCGGAUCAUGCCGACCUGCUUUUGGUGCAUGCCGGAUUGGUGCCUGGCAGACCGCUGGAGGAGCAGUCACUGGAAGAUAUGGUAAUGUUGAGGAAUCUGGUAAAGGCAGAUGCGGAGACGAAGAUCCAUCAAGCCCUGCACGAUGUCCGAGCUGGUGAACCGUGGGCGGCAGUUUGGAGCUCCUGGGUUGCUGGCAGCGCGAUGGGUGACAUGCCGAAGAUGGUAAUGUUCGGGCAUGAUGCACCGCGUGGUUUCCAACAGUACCCACAUGCAAUCGGAUUGGACACCAACUGCUGCAACGGUGGAAGUCUUUCAGCCAUGGUUCUUCCAGCACAGCUGGUGCAGGUGCCGGCCACAGGCAGACUGAUCGAGACAGACAACGGAGCACGCCACUGGCGUGCAAGUUCGAGAGGCGAAGAAGCUGGCAAAGGAUGA